AUGGGCAAGUCUGGCCUCCCAGCGGCCCUACCCGCUUUUCGAGGCCAGCACCUCCCCGUGCAGCGCAGCCUGGAAACCCCUUUUUCGGGUGUGGGGGACGGCAGUGCUCUCGAUUUCAAAGACGCGGCGAUCGGCGAGAGCAACAAGGGGGUCCGCCGCAGUGCACCAAGCAUUGUGCUACCAUACCAGAGUGCAGACUACGUGAACCAUUUUGCUGUUGAUAUUGGGGGAUCCCUCAUAAAGCUGCUCUAUUUCUCGCCUGACUGGAAGCGUGGGGCCAAAGCUGAUGGCAGCUUGCCAACCACCGGGAAUGGACGGGGAGGCCGUCUCCACUUUGUCAAAUUCGAGACGAGCCGUGUUCAGGACGCGCUUGACUUCAUUGAAACCAAAGGCCUUCACAACAAGGUGCACAGAGAUGAUGGCACCGUUCACAACAUGCACGUCGUUGCAACAGGCGGUGGCGCCCACAAGUUCUCUGAUGAAUUCUGCAACAAAUUGGGCCUUGUGCUUCAGAAGGAGGAUGAGAUGGAGUGCCUGGUUGCUGGCUGCAACUUCCUUCUGAAUGCCAUCAACGAUGAGGUCUUCACCUUUGUCAAUGGGUCUGCAUCUUAUAGACACUUGACCGAGCCAGAGGUGUAUCCAUAUCUUCUGGUCAACAUUGGUUCAGGGGUCAGCAUUCUCAAAGUGGAUGGGGAGGGCAAAUGCACACGAGUCAGCGGGAGCAGUCUAGGGGGCGGCACGUUUUGGGGCUUAUGUCGAUUGCUGACCAAAGUCAAGAGCUUUGAUGAGAUGCUGGAGCUGAGCAUGAAGGGAGACAAUAAAGCUGUGGAUAUGCUUGUGGGUGAUAUCUAUGGUGGCCGUGACUAUUCCCAAAUUGGCCUUUCAGCGGACACCAUUGCCAGCAGCUUUGGGAAGGUUGCUGCACAGGACAGGGACUUGGAAGAUUACAACCCCGCCGACAUUGCUAUGGCACUAUGCAGGAUGGUGUCAUACAACAUUGGGCACCUUGCCUAUUCAAAUGCCAAGCAAUACAACCUGCGGCGUGUUAUCUUUGGGGGCUUCUUCAUACGGGGCCAUGCAUACACAAUGGAGACGAUUUCAUAUGCCAUUCGCUUCUGGUCAAAGGGCCAGAUGGAGGCUCUGUUCAUGAGGCACGAAGGCUUCCUGGGUGUCAUGGGCGCUUUCCUGAAGGUGCACCCAAUCACACCAAGGUUCAGCGAACUGGAAAGGGUGGGCUCCCUGAGGGGCAGCUUCAAGGAGGUGUACACAAUGGGGGCGCCCUUCGUUGGGGGCGGCGUGCACGGCCCCGCCAUCAGGGGCGUUGACGAGAAGGUGUCAUGGGUCGAGAAGUUUGUGCGCGUGGGAACUGAGGCGGUAAGGGCGUCGUCGUCUUCGAGCAGCAGCAGCGGCUCGGGCCCGGCGCUGGAUGAUUGUGGGAGGAGGCACGGCACAAAGUCGGCGUGCUUGAGCGACCGAGACUUUGAAAGGCCCAUGUCGACUCCGCUUGUGGGCGUGCUGCAUUGGAAGCCGUUACACCAGAUCUUCCCCUUGCUGGCAGACCCAGAUGAAUACGAGCCUAGCACCAUCGACAUUAACCAGUCUGAAGAGGAGCGCACGUUCUGGCUCAACAUCCUGGAAGAACACAUUCCCACCAUCGUGGAAAAGGCCAUCGCCAGCGAGGGCGAGACCGAGCUGGCAACGCGCCGGGCGCACGCCUUCGCCUGUGCCUUCAAAGCGCACAUCGCCAAGCUGCGAAAGGAGCCCAAAGCCUACGGCGUCAAGGGCCUCGGAGACUUGUUCGAAAUGCGGGAGCUCUGCCUCAGAGAAUUCGGCUUCUUGGAUGUGUACAAGCUGGACAAGGAGAGGGAGAACGACUUGGCGCUGCAGGUGUUGCCGGACCUGCUGAAGGAGUUGGACUCUCUUUCACCAGAGCAGCGUCUUUUGGCAAUCGUUCAGGGCGUGCUGGCAGCAAACAUAUUUGACUGGGGCUCUCGUGAGUGCAUUGAGAAGUACAAGGAAGGGACCAUACUUUCGAUCUACCAGGACGCCAGGGAGAGGCUGUCCAUGCGGCCGUGGCGCGUGGACAACUACGAUGCGCUGCAGGAGAAGUGGUUCAAAUACGGCCGCGACCGGCCCCCCUACCGCCGCGUCAUGAUCUUCGUCGACAACGCCGGCGCGGACAUGGUCCUGGGGAUGCUGCCCUUCGCCCGCGAGCUCCUUCGCCGCGGCAGCGACGUCGUCCUCGUGGGGAACACUAGCCCCGCCAUCAACGACAUUACCGCCGACGAGAUCGCCGCCGUGGUCGAGCGCGCGGCGCAGCAGUGUGGGAUCGUCGCGGGGGGGCUGGCCGCGGCGAGGGCGGCGCAGCAGGCCAACGGCGGCAGGGUGCCGCCGCAUCAGGAGGCCCUGGCAGGCGACGGGGGGCUGAAGGGAAGAGUGGCUGGGGCAGGCGACGUAGACGUCAUGGCGAGGAGCGGGGAGCAGGCGUCGGCGUCGCCGGCUGGCGUAACAGAGUCCACGGCGAAGCUGUUUGUCGUGGAGAGCGGCUCCGGGAGCCCCUGCCUCGAUCUGAGGUGCGUGUCGGGGUGCCUGACGGCCGCCACGCCGGGCACGGACCUCGUGGUGGUGGAGGGCAUGGGGAGGGCCGUGCACACGAACUACAAGGCGCGGUUCAAGUGCGACGCGCUCAAGCUGGCGAUGAUCAAGACGAGUCGGGUGGCGGAGAACCUGUUUGGGGGCAACUUGUACGACUGCAUAUGUGUACACGAGGAAGGCACGGAGGCGUCUUGA